UGAGGACGCGUCGGUAUGUUCCGGCUUCUGCGCUGGCGUCUGGGCCGGACCCUGCUGCGGGCGGCGGGCCGGCGGUGCGGGAGCUGCGCGGCGCGCCUGCUGCCGGAGCGGGCGGGCGCCCAGGGGCUGCGGGCCCGAGGCGCGCCGUCGCGGGGCCAGGGGCUGCUGCCGCUGUUGGCAGCGCUCGCCUGGUUCUCGCGGCCAGCGUCGGCGGAGGAGCAGCCGGGAGAGGAUGAGGCGGACGAGGCGGACGAAGCGGAGGCCGAGAUCAUCCAGCUGCUGAAGAGAGCCAAGCUGAGCAUCAUGAAAGAUGAGCCGGAAGCGGCUGAGCUGAUUUUGCACGAUGCUCUCCGGCUUGCGUAUCAGAGUGAUAACAAGAAGGCCAUCACUUACACUUACGAUUUGAUGGCCAACUUAGCAUUUAUACGAGGGCAGCUUGAAAAUGCAGAACAGCUGUUCAAAGCAACAAUGAGUUACCUGCUUGGAGGAGGCAUGAAGCAGGAAGACAAUGCGAUCAUUGAGAUCUCUCUGAAGCUGGCCAAUAUCUAUGCUGCUCAGAAUAAACAGGAAUUUGCACUCGCUGGCUAUGAAUUCUGCAUUUCAACUCUGGAGGGGAAAAUUGAAAGAGAGAAGGAACUGGCGGAAGACAUGUCGGUGGAAGAAAAAGCCAAUACCUACCUCCUCUUUGGCAUGUGCUUAGACUCCUGUGCACGCUACCUGCUGUUCUCCAAGCAGCUAUCACAGGCACAAAGGAUGUAUGAAAAAGCCCUGCAGAUUUGUCAAGAAAUACAAGGAGAAAGACACCCACAGACCAUUGUGCUGAUGAGUGACUUGGCUACUACUCUGGAUGCACAGGGCCACUUUGAUGAUGCCUACAUUUAUAUGCAGAGGGCAACAGAUCUGGCAAGAGAGAUAAAUCACCCUGAGCUGCACAUGGUGCUCAGCAACCUGGCUGCCAUCUUGAUGCACAGAGAACGAUACACACAAGCAAAGGAGAUCUACCAGGAAGCACUGAAGCAAGCAGAGCUGAAAAGAGAUGAGGGCUCUGUUCAGCACAUCAGGGAAGAACUGGCUGAGCUGUCAAGAAAAAGUAGACUUCUGACUUAAUUUUGUUAAGCUAUAUAAGUUCAUUUUGAGAGGGGCAACCCGUGGUAACCCAAAGGAGUGACUGUUCCUUCAUUGUCUGGAUCCCAAACAAUGGUAUAAAUCAUUGUGGAAAUUUAGCUUUCUUCAACUCAGCCUCGGGAAGGGCAAGUUGUACACACUGCCACUUUUGUUUCUACAUUUAUUUCACUUGGAGAUGGGGUGUUCCUAUGUAUAGGCUGGCCCAGAAAUUGCUGAUACUUGAGGUUGGCCUCCAAUUGGAGUCCUCCUUCCUCAGCCCCACAAGUGCCUGGCCUUACUUUUGUUUUUAAAGGUGAAGUAGUGUUCGCCGCGUAAUGAUGCUUUUCAGUGCAACAUGUAAGGUGCAGUCCAUGCCGGUCUGAGAAAACUACAGACUACAAGUGGUUAAGUUCCCUGCGGUGUGGUUGUUACACCUUCCCUAAGAUUGUGGUUCAUGCUUUCUCUUCUCUGUCCACUUCUGGCCAACAAGUCACUUAUCUCAUGGCACAGGAGGAUUUUGGUGAGUUCUUAUAGACUCUUUUACGGAAGCAUUGUAAGAUAAUUCUAGUUGGCCACCAUUAAGUAGCAUUCACUCUCAAGAGGAAAUAAGACACCUGGACUGCAUACCUGCUCAUGUGUUACUAAA